AUGCGUUUCUCUAACGUCCUGGCCAGCUUGGCCAUUGCCAACUCUGCUCUCGCUAGCCCUUUUCCUCCACCCAAUGACUCUCCUGAUAGCCUCUACAAGUCUAUGCUCGCUGCAGGAAAGCAGUUUAUGGGAACUGCUCUGACUCUCAGGAACUCUUCUGAGGAAGACGCCAUCAUCAAGUCCGACUUCAACGGCUUUACCCCUGAGAACGCCAUGAAGUGGGAGUCGACCGAACCAUCUCGCAACAACUUCACCUUUAACGAUGCUGAUCGCUAUGCCGCAUACGCCAAGCAGAACAAGCUUCAGGUUCACUGCCACACUCUGGUCUGGCACUCCCAACUUCCUCUCUGGGUCUCCAACGGCGGUUUCGACAACCAGACCCUCAUUGGCAUCAUGGAGAACCAUAUCAAGACCCUAAUGACCCGUUACAAGAGCGUCUGCACACGCUGGGACGUCGUCAACGAGGCGCUUAACGAGGAUGGAACUUACCGCCCGUCUGUCUUCUACAACACCAUCGGCGAGGCGUUCCUUCCCAUUGCUUUCCGCCUUGCCAACAAGUACCGUGGCAAGGCUGAGCUCUUCUACAACGACUACAACCUCGAGUACAACCAGAACAAGACUGCCGGUGCCGCCCGCAUUGUUGAGCUCAUCAAGUCCUACGGUGUCCGCAUUGACGGUGUUGGCUACCAGGCCCAUCUGGCCAGCGAGAUUACUCCCACGGCAAGCAGCGUCACUCCCGACCAGGCUACGCUCGAGGCUGCUCUUCGCCACACUGCCGACCUUGGUGUCAAGGUUGCCUACACGGAGAUUGACGUCCGCAUGAACACUCUCGCAACACCCGAGAAGCUCCAGGUCCAGGCCGACGCCUUCGAGCGCGUUGCCAAGUCCUGCAUAGCAGUCAAGAAAUGCAUUGGAAUGACCGUCUGGGGUAUUUCCGACAAGUACUCCUGGAUUCCAGGUGUUUUCACCGGCGAGGGCGCUGCUCUCCUCUGGGACGAGAACUACCAGAAGAAGCCCGCCUACUUUGGCUUCCUCAAGGGAAUCAAGAGCAAGAGGCACUGA